AUAACUUAGCUUUCCAUAUUCAAAUGCAUGUUUUCAGUGUAACGUCUUUUCUUUCGGUUUCAUUAGAUUCUCUACGGUUUUUUGAAAACUUGUAGACAAAAACAAACAAUCCAAUCAAGAAUGGUGAAGAAACCGAAGCACCUUCGUCCUCAGCCGCGUAAAUCUUCAUUGACGACGCAUGCUUUCACAUUUCUCAUACUUGCUCUCUUCUCCAUUCUCAUCCUUCUCGGUCUCGGGAUCUUUUCACUGCCCAGCACCAGCAUGAUCUCUUCAAGGCCGGACGAUUUCACCACUGUUGAACGGACUAGCGAGGAUAGGGAGAGUUAUGGAGACGAAGAAGGUAAUGGUGAGCGUUGGCUUGAAGUUAUAUCGUGGGAGCCUAGAGCUUUCCUUUACCACAAUUUCUUGACGAAUGAAGAAUGUGAGCACUUGAUUAGUCUCGCAAAGCCUAAUAUGGCGAAGUCAAAGGUGGCUGAUGUCAAAACUGGAAGGAGCAAAGACCGCAGGUUCUGUACUCUUUUUCCCCUUCAAGUUGCAUCUGGAAACUUCCUGAAUUUUAAAUAUCAAAAUGCGUUGAUGUGCAGAGUACGAACAAGUUCAGGAGCUUUUCUUAAAACUGGGCAUGACGAAAUAGUGAGAGAGAUUGAGAAUAAGAUUUCAGAUUUCACAUUCAUACCUGUAGAAAAUGGAGAGAGUCUACAAGUUUUACACUAUGAAGUUGGGCAAAAAUAUGAACCUCACCAUGACUAUUUCACAGAUGAGUUGAACGUCAAAAGAGGAGGGCAAAGAGUUGCUACUGUCCUUAUGUACCUCUCGGACGUUGAUGAAGGCGGUGAAACAGUUUUCCCUUUAGCCAAAGGAAAUAUUAGUGAUGUCCCAUGGUGGAACGAGCUCUCACAAUGUGGUAAAGAAGGACUCUCUGUUCUUCCAAAGAAGAGAGACGCUUUGCUCUUCUGGAGCAUGAGGCCUGAUGGGUCACUAGACCCUUCGAGUUUGCAUGGUGGAUGUCCAGUGAUUAAAGGAAACAAGUGGUCAUCAACUAAAUGGCUUCACGUUCACGAGUACAGGAAUUGAGUAAAAAAAGAAGAGUCUUUUGCAGGUUUCCAUGAUCUCAUCUCACCAACAUCAUCAUGUACUAGUAUGUGUAUCACCAGCAAAAUCACGUUCUGGGCUUUAAUUAAGUAAAACUUACUUAUGUAGUUAAUGUUACCUUUUUUUUUCUUUUGGAAACACAGUUAAUGUUAUACCUUAUGAAGUAUUUUAUUUCUUACCUCUAUUAUUAUAUAUAAAAAACGGUCUAAUGAUCAAUUUAAAUACUGUUUUUAAUUA